AACCACUGCAACAGUUCCCCUCAUUGCGCCUGCGCAUUGCGAACGUGAUAGGUUGUCGUAGCCAUUCUUUUCCCCCAGGUUCAGUGGCGCUAGCUUGGUGGAUUAUUCGCACAUAGCUGGCAAAAAUGGCGGACAAGGGAUUGAAAGGAGAACCACACGCAGAAUUCGCGAGGAGAAUUGAUCCGGCGAAGGAGCCACUGACCGCUCAAGAAAUACACUUUAUCCGGAAGGUGGAACUUGAGCACUGGAAGAAGAACGUACAGAAGCUAAGGGGCCGCAAUGUGGUUACGGGCCUGGCUAUUGGGGCGCUUGUGAUGGGAAUUUAUGGCUACACAUUUUAUUCAGUGUCACAAGAGAAGAUCAUGGAUGAGCUGGAUGAAGAGGCGAAGCUAGCCAGGACAAGGGUGCCAAAAACGGCAGCUAACUGAGGACUGCGUGCCAUUUAUAUAUUUUGCACUGACAGAAAUUAACUGAUGCUGAAGUGAGUGGCGCCGAAUGCCCCUCUGCCCCUGCUAGCAAGGAUGCCAGAUGUCUACUUAAUUGGCGCGACGACUAAGUUACAUGCCUUUAUUUUGUCCAAAUAAUUUGUGAAAACAUGAUUUUACUUUACAACUGAAAUGUAAUGUGUUAUUCUGGAUAGGUUGAACAUGACAUACAUUUACAACUCUUCUACCAAGUCCCACUCAGUCUCUAAUGAGCGUACUAUUUGCACUCCCUGUGUACCGGUAUGCAUGUAUGUGUUAUCAAGGCCCAUAAGAAUCAUUGGAAUUCCCCGCUUAAAUGAGUAACACAUUAAGGACAUUUAGAGUUGGACAGUAAUGUAAAUGUCGUGUCACGUAAUGGAAAGCAUGUUCAAGAUCUCUUAAGUUGGUGGCUUUGAAUUGGUUUUAAAUUGAAUCACAAGUUAACCGACUGGUGUAGGGAAAUUUUACCCGUUAUAAUAACGUGUAAUAUAUAAAUGUUGAAUUGUAAAUAAUUGUUUGAUUCCUUUAUCAAAUAAAUGGAUUUCAAAAGUAA